UUGGCGGAAAAUAAAAAGUAUAUCACAACACUGAACCUCUUCUGCUGUUGAAGUUUAUAUCGUAGAAUGAACUGAACAAAAUACGAAAUUGUUUUGUGUGCUUCAACGUUUAACAAGGGAAAUUAUGAAUAAUAUUAAUGUAGUUCCGUUGUGUCUUAUCGUAAUUAUUGCUAGUGUUUUCUUAGUAAAUUGUGAUGGGCAAUGCAACUGUGCUGAUUUAGCAUUUACAAGGCAACUUCUUCAACAGGAAAUGUUUGAAAGAAAACUUGAGAUGAGUAAAUUACGUUCGGAACUGCAGACAAAAGUAAAUGGAGCUGAGUUGAUUGAAACGGAUUCAGUCAAAGAUACAAAUAUCCACACACGAUUAGAAAGACUUGAAGAGCAAUUUGCUGAAUUUAUAAAUGCAAGCAACGUUGAGCAAAAAGCUGAAACAGAUGAUGAUGAUAAUAAGACAAAGCUAACCACUCAAAAGACUAGGGAUUUUCAAUCAAGAGUACGAAAGGUUAUAAAACACGAGGAAGCUGAAAGACUAAAAUUCAUUGCAAGUGUUCAAAAUGAAACUGAAAAUGUGAAUCGCAGUAUUUCGCUUUUCAUGAAAACAACUGAUGCGUUUAUUAAAGACCAAGUAAGUAAAUGGUCUGUUUACUACAACCAAUUUGGAAAGAAUUACUCGCAGGAGUUUUCAGAAUUUACAAGAUCGGUUGAGAAUAAGUUACAAAAUCAAGCUACAGCAACAGAAGCAAGUGUUAAUUACAUCAAUGACACCGUAGAUGAGCUUAAACAAAAUUUGUCAAGGAGAUUGGAUAGCAUUAUGGUCAAUGUAAACGAUAACAUUAAUGAUAAAAUCCUGAAAACCGAAUCCAUCCUUCAAGAAAUGCAAGCAAAUGUUACUGAUGUAAGAAAAAGUGUAGAGAACGAAUCGGUUGCCAUAAGUUCCCUUGAAGCUAAUGUUGGUGAUGUAGAGAAAGUUGUUGAACAUUUGAAAAAUACAGUAUCUGAGCUAAAAGAGCAACUGAAAGAACAUAUUAAAACUUCGGACAGGCGAUUUAGCAUAGUAGGCAAAGAAAGUAAGUCAUGCAUAUGCUACAGUAUGCUCAAAUUUGUAUUAGAAAAUAUUGAUACUUGCUGCGCAAUGUCUUUGUAA